CUUAGAGAUUUCUUUGUUUUCUAGUUUUCACCUCACUGGAAAGAGAGUUCUCUCUCUCUCUUACUCGAUCGUUCUUCUUCUUUGAGCUAGAACGCUCUUGUAAUGACUAGAACGAAUGUAAGUGGAAAUGCCAACGCCAGUGGCUCCAAAUGUUUAGGGCUCAAUAGCGAUGGAACACUCUCAUCCUUGGCGCCGCUCCACAAGCUCUUCUUCUUUGCCGAUCGAUGCGACCACUUGCUCAUGGCGCUGGGAUCGCUCGGCGCCAUCGCGCACGGCCUGGCGCUGCCGAUUUUCUUCUUCUCCUUCGGACGAUUGGCUCAUGUUCUUGGAUCGGACAAGGAUCUUCGGCACAUGUAUCACAGCGUGUCCAAGGUGGCAUUGGAUUUCUUGUAUCUGGGAUUGAUCCUCUUUGGCGCGUCUUGGCUAGAGGUUGCGUGCUGGAUCCAGACCGGAGAGCGGCAAUGCAGGAAGAUCAGGAUCAGCUACUUGGAGGCAAUCCUGCGACACGAUAUCUCGUUCUUCGAUCGCGACGACGCGAGGACUGGGGAGCUCGUUAGCAGCAUUUCCUCCAACACUUUGCUCAUCCAGCAGGCUAUAAGCGAGAAAAUGGGAGUCCUCAUCCAUCACGUUUCCACGUUUUUUGGAGGCAUCGCAUUGGGAUUUGCAACUGUGUGGCAGCUCGGACUUUUGACGCUGGCAACCGUACCGGUGGUCAUUCUAGCUGGAGGUCUCUACGCUCAUGUCAUCACUGGCGUUUCAUCGAAGACCCAGAAGGAAUACGACAAAGCGGGAAACAUCGUUGAAGGAGCAAUUUCUCAAAUUCGGACAGUCUAUUCGUUUGUUGGCGAGCAAAAGACGAUCAGUCUGUACACCGCUGCGCUCGGUUCUACGCUACGUCUGGGAUAUAGAGCCGGACUUGUCAAAGGGAUUGGAAUGGGAGCAAUGUAUGCAUUGCCCUUGUGUUCCUGGGCCUUACUGAUGUGGUACGGUGGCAUUCUCGUAAGAAACCGCACGACAAACGGUGGAAAAGCUCUAUCUACAAUAUUUUGCGUGCUCUUAGGUGCCUUUGCUCUCGGACAGACUGCUCCGACCAUUGCUGCUAUAUCGAAAGCAAGAGCCGCUGCGUUCAAAAUUCUGGAAACUUUAGACGACAAGAAUACGAUCAGUAACAGUGAAGAGUCAACCGAAUUUUGUCUUCAACACGUCCGUGGAGAGCUUGAGCUGAAUAAAGUUACCUUCAACUAUCCCUCCAGGCCAGAUGCUCGAAUUCUUCACGACCUGAGCCUCAAGAUACCGCCUGGAAAAUCGAUAGGCAUUGUUGGCCCCAGUGGCUCCGGGAAGAGCACGAUAAUAUCUCUCAUUGAAAGGUUUUACGACCCAACUUCAGGAGAAAUUCUCUUGGAUGGUUACAACACCAAAUCUCUACAAUUAAAAUGGCUCCGGUUACAGAUUGGUCUCGUUAACCAAGAACCAGCUUUGUUCGCUACCACCAUCGCGCAAAACAUACUUUAUGGCAAAGAUGAUGCGAACAUGGAGGAGAUAAAGCUGGCUGCCAGGACUUCAAAUGCGCACGAUUUUAUAAAUCAGCUUCCUCAAGGCUACGAAACACAGGUUGGUUCAAGAGGCUUACAACUUUCUGGAGGCCAAAAGCAGAGGAUAGCCAUAGCUAGAGCAUUGGUCAGAAAUCCAGCGAUACUGUUGUUGGAUGAGGCAACUAGUGCUUUAGAUGCUGAGUCCGAGAAUGUGGUACAAGACGCACUCGACAAAAUCAUGGUGGCAAGAACGACAGUUAUUAUAGCACACAGGUUGUGUACUGUCAAAGGCACCGAUUCCAUUGCUGUGCUUCAAAAUGGAAGGCUUGUGGAAACCGGAUCGCACCAACAGCUUAUUGCCGACGAAAAAUCUGUAUAUUCGGGACUUGUUCGGCUUGAGGAAGCCAGAACAACGGAAGCUACCUCAAGGCUUUCUAAUUGCUCCUCGAGCAGCUUUCGUAGGUUGUCGAGUGUGGAUGAUCUAAAUUCCAGCACCGGUGGCAGCUUCAGAUUGUCAAAACUGAACGGUCUAAGUUUUACCUCAAGGGAAGACGAGGAAAAUGUCGAGGCCGAUGAUGUUCUGAAGAAGUUCGUGACAAUCAACUUACCAGAUUUGCCGUUCUUGGUUCUUGGUACGAUUGGAGCUGUGUGUUCGGGCCUUCCUAAUCCGGCAUACUCAUUCCUCGUCUCCAAAAUUCUCGACGUCUACUACUAUCAGGACUUCGAAGAAAUGAAACGGCACACAGCAAAGUACAGCGUGGUCUUCGUCAUGGUUGCUGUGGGGGCAUUUGUUGCCCUUUUUGUACAGUACUACUCAUUUGGGAUUGCUGGGGAAAACUUGACGAUGCGCGUAAGAAAAAUGAUGCUAUCGGGUAUUUUACGCAAUGAGAUAAGCUGGUUUGAUCGAGAAGAGCAUUCAAGCAGCCAGCUUGCCUCUCGUUUGGCUUCUGAUGCCGUGUACAUGAAAUCUGCAAGUGGAGAUAUACUAGGUUCAAUGGUUCAAAACGUCGCUGUGAUAGUUGCUUCGUUCGCCAUAGCUUUUUUGGUGGAGUGGCGAGUAGCAAUUGUCGUGGCCGCAACUUUUCCGUUUAUUGUAUUGUCGACCUUUGCGCAGAAAUUGUUCCUUCAAGGAUUGGCUGGAGAUCUGGAAAGAUCUCAUUCUCGGGCAAGCAUGCUGGCCGGAGAUGCUGUGAGCAAUAUUCGAACUAUAGCAGCAUUCAACGCAGAAAAGAAACUCGUCAACUUAGUUACUUUGGAGCUUCAGACCCCGGCUAAACGCAGCUUGUUUCAUGGAAGCAUUGUGGGACUCGGCUAUGGAUUCUCGACUCUGUCUCUGUUCGGGUCCUAUGGUCUCGGCCUUUGGUACGGUGCCGUCCUCGUCAAAGCAAGCAAAUCAAGCCCCGCAAACGUUCUGCAAGCUUUUCUCGUCCUCGUCAUGGCGGCAUUUCCCAUCGCAGACAGUCUAGCAAUGCUUCCGGACAUUUCCAAGACGGCAAAGUCAUUCAAAUCAGUGUUUGAGCUGCUGGACAGAGCAACGGAAAUAGAUUUGGACGGUCCAAGGUCACGAAAGCUCAUUAAACUCCGGGGUGAUAUAGAACUCCGAGACAUUCACUUUGCAUAUCCGUCGAGACCCGAGGUAGCUAUCUUUGCUGGCCUGAACUUGAAGAUUCGAGCUGGACGGAGUUUGGCUUUGGUCGGUCCCAGCGGCUCCGGGAAGAGCUCGGUUAUUGCAUUGGUGGAAAGGUUCUAUGAUCCUUUCAAGGGGAUGGUUCUUGUGGACGGCAGAGAUGUCAAAAAGCUCAACGUCAAGGCGUACAGGCGUCAUGUUGGUCUAGUGCAACAAGAACCAGCUCUUUUUGGAACGAGCAUUUGCGAGAACAUCGCCUACGGAAAAGAGAGUGCUUCGGAAGCCGAGAUUGUGGCUGCUGCAAAGGCAGCCAACGCCCACGAGUUUAUUAGCAGCCUUCCCGAUGGAUACGCUACAAACGUUGGUGAGCGAGGUGUCCAACUUUCAGGUGGUCAGAAGCAGCGGGUAGCAAUUGCACGAGCCGUUCUCAAAAAUCCUGCAAUACUAUUGCUGGACGAAGCCACGAGUGCUCUAGACGCCGAGUCUGAGAGAACUGUCCAGGAAGCUCUUGAGCGGCUGAUGGAGGAGAGAACGACAGUGGUUGUGGCGCACAGGCUAUCUACGAUUUGCAGUGCCGACCAGAUUGCCGUGCUGCAUGACGGUGAGAUUGUGGAGCAGGGAAGGCACUCGGAGCUCGUAGCCAAGCGAGGAGCCUACGCUCAGCUCAUCAAGCUCCAGUCAUCGUCAUAAAGUGUCGUCAGGCCCUUCAGCUGGAUCGACAAACAGAAGAAGAAGAACCAAGAGCACGGAAAGAAAUGAGAGAGAUUGUCCACGUACAGGGAGGCCAGUGUGGCAACCAGAUUGGCGCCGGAAGUGAUAUGUGACGAGCAUGGGAUCGAGCCCACGGGAGUUUAUCGAAUUCGAAUACUUCACAGGAUAUUACAGGACCGGGAAGAAGAACUACACCAUCAACACCCUCGAAGACUGAUGAUAGUGGUGAAAUUCGUGAUGUCUAUCACUCGAGCUCAGAAUGUUAGAUAACAACUAUGACCGCGAGAAGGCCCUGCAUCUGAUGGAGUCCCUGAUCACCCGGCUGUUAAGCCGAGUGUGCUCGUGUCCUGCUGAUAAGUCACUCUGAUAUCGGAGAGUUCUUCAAGGAGAGACUGGCUCACUGCAAAGAAGAGAAGUAGAUUAAGAAACUAGAAUCGCAACAGUGCCUUCACACUCCUUCCAGAGAGAUCAAAGCUUCAAGAGGAGUACCCAGACAGGAUGAUGCCGUGUUCCCGUCCCCGAAGGUGUCAGACACAGUGGUGGAGCCAUACAAUGCAAUGCUGUCUGUGCACUAGCUUGUCGAGAAUGCCAAGAAGUGCAUGGUUUUGGAC